CAGCUCGCCAUCUCUCUACGUUCUCAGAAAGCAGCAAAGAAAACAAAAAAAAAGACUUUAUAUUCGGAAAGAAAAUUAUUUUGCUGAAAAGAAAAUUAAUCGUUUAAAGUUUUUCUAUCGCGUUGUUAACGUCCGGAGAGUAUUGAAGAAUAGUGGAGAAUGCAAUUUCAUAUAAAAAACUGCAAUCUUGCGGAAUAAGUGAAAUGUUUGAAAUCUGGUCGUCUGGCUGGAUGUAUAUCCAUAUAUCCGUCGUCAUAAAAGGAAAGGCAACAUAAACAAGUUUGAAGCCACCAGCUAAACGGCCAAGGUUUAUUAUUACUAGCCCGAAAUUCCAAAGGAUUUUCUGGAAUAGUUUUUGUAAGAAGUCGAUAAGAGAAAAACACGGAAACACCAAAAAUGAAUCAAGCCUCAAAUGCAUCGGGUACUACCCACACCACUAUGACCAUUUUGGAUGAUGGCAAUAGUUCCAUUGGCAGCACUUCCAUAUUGGGAAAUGGCUAUGAUUUCGAACACGACCAUGAACAAGACCAUGACACAACUAGCAAUACAACAAUAUCGCAGAAUUCUCAGUGCUAUACAGAAAGAAUGCGACAGAGCAAUGUACCUAUAGUAGACACUGAUAUAGUCACGCAUCGGAUUUAUUGUUAUCGCAAGCGAGUUUACAUCGAAUAUGAUCAUUUGCAGUCGGCCAGUUGUGAGGAAAUUUGCAUUGAUCUCAGUCGCCGAUUGAGUAUAUUGCCAAAUACAAGGCUACUGUUUGGCUUAAGGGUAUUCAGCGAUGAAAACAAUGAACAAUGGUGUCUGCCGGGGCAGCCCUUGAGUCCUGGCGUGGAUUAUUGUUUUCGCAUGCGUUUCAAAGUGCCCCUCAUCGACGGCCAACUGAAGUCCAUGGACCCAAAUGCCUAUGAAUAUCUGUACAAUCAAAUGCGUUAUGACAUGGUCCACGAAUGCAUACCAUCGAUACGUUAUCCCAAGAAAAAGGAUAAUGUUAUGGGUCUGGGUGCUGUCGAUAUGUACAUUGAUUAUCUAGAACAACGAGGAACCGUAGAUCGCAUUGAAUCGAAUUAUAAACGUUAUUUGCCCCGCCCCUUGGUUAAGGCGCACAUAUUUGUAAAACGUAAAAUCUGUAACUCAUUUCGUUCUCUGCGAGAGAGAAACAUUGACCUGGAACGUGUCAAGUGGAAUUAUGUAUUGGAAUUGAAUAAUUUGGCACCGGAUUAUUUAUUGGAAACAUUUGUGGGUUUUGUGGAUUUUAUACCGGGCGAUAUUUUGGCAAGAGUACCCAGCGAUGUUGGUGGGGGCGGUGGUGGUGGUGAAGUUGGUGGUCAUGUUCAACCAAAUCAAAAUCAAACAGUUAAAGUUUGUAUUAAACUGGAUUUAUUUGAUAGUUCAGAGCCGGGUUUGAAGGUGGCCAGACGAACAUGUAAAGAUAAUUUGGAGUGGGUUCUCGUCAGCAAACUGGAAAAUAUUUAUGCUGUCUACACCCGUGGGGUCAGCCCCAAUACAAUAAACUGCCGUUUGGAAAUAACCGGCAUGCCAAAUGGUUAUCGUAUUGAAUUUGACAGUAAAAUUCAUUUGGAAGCAUUCAUUUCUUAUCUAUCUGGUUAUAUGAGAUUAACAACGAAAUGGAUGGUGAAUUUGUGUAUGCAAUAUAUUACACCCUCCUUGGAGGAGUUAAUGACACUACACUGUCAUGGUCCAAUUGGCGGCGCCUUUUCAUUUGCCAAAAUACGGGAACAGGGCGACAAAUGUGGCAGUUAUAUUAUACGGCAGUGUGAACGAGAAUAUGAUACAUAUUAUAUUGAUAUCAAUACAAAAUCAAUUUCCGAAGGUCUGCAGCCGUUAAAAUUCAAAACAGAAACAUUUAAAAUAACAAAAAAAGUUACUCUAUCGAAUACCAGUCCAUGUGUGCGAACAGUAAAAUGGAUUUUACACUACAAUGGUAGCAUGGAAGCAUUUGACAAAUUAACCGAACUGGCCAAGUUCAUACCAACUGAAUCGGAUAGAAAAUCUCGUAUAUCACCCUCCGAUAAUGACAGAUCACCACUGUUGUUGAUAUGUUUGCCAAAAAAUGUGCAAUCGAAAAAGACUGAGAAAGAGUUAAGCGAAGCUGAACUCCAACGAGAACGUGUUAAAAUAUUAGAUUUAUCCAAGGAUCUACAAUGGUAUCACAAUUCUUCACGAGACUGUGACAAUGGGCGCAUGAUAAAAAUGAAAGCCGAUUGGAUACAAAACGAUGGCUAUAAAGAUGUUACGGUCACACUGAAAGUUCUCAAAUUUGAAGAUGAUUUUCCGUUAUUUAGAAGUUUAGCAAAUACACUGAGUCGCAUUCAAUCACCCCAUAUCAUUAAACUUUUCGGCAUAACACUGGACUCCCCCUAUACAAUGGUCAUGGAAUAUUCCGAAUUUGGUCCUCUAAAUAAAUUCCUUAUGGAUAAUAAAACAAAAGUCUCGUUACGUCAAUUAAUCGAUGUUGUCUAUGGUUUAGCCAGGGGAUUUUUUUAUUUGAGAAACCAUCACAUUACCCAUGGCUAUUUGCGGUGCUCUAAUUUAUAUGUUACCAAAUUUGAUCCGAAAACAAAACUGCUCGAAGCCAAAAUAUGUGGACCAGGAUUUCCGCGACCGUAUCGUAAGGAUGAACUUCCAUGGAUACCUUUCGAAUAUCAUCGCAAUUUAAAUGCUGCCAAAAAGGAUCCGGACAUAGAUAUUUGGGCCUUUGGCACAACAGUAUGGGAAAUAUUUGCACGAGGCAAACCCAUUGGCAAUGUAACAACAGAAAUGCUAAGACAAAACUACAAUAAAUGUGGUGGCAUAUUGGAGAAACCCGACGAUUGUCCCCAGGAAAUGUUUGAAGUGAUGAUGGAUGGUUGGAAUACAGAUCCAGAGAGGACAUUUGAUUAUAUGCAAAUAUUAAGGCAUUUAAUUGCGGCCCAAGAAGCUUUAAUGGACAAAUCAUCAUCAUCGAAUGGUGUUAAUGUGGAUGAGAAUUUCGAAGCGGAGCUGGAAGAAACCUCAAAUGAACAUGCCCGCCACAAUGGUAUUGCCAAUGAAAGUAAUGUCUUUAGUUUCCCCAGCUACUUCAAUGCAACGAAUUCCGUUUUGGAAAUACCAAAUGGCAAGGUUAUAUUUCGACAGCGAAUUGGUGAGGGCCAUUAUGGUACAGUGCAUUUGGGUGAGGUGCGUUAUAAUAGUCCAAACAAUGCUCGUGAAUAUGUGGCCAUAAAAACUCUGAAAUCAGCCCGAGCUCCUCAGCUUAGCUAUGAUUUUAUGCGUGAAAUUGAAAUAAUGGAGUCCUUGGACCAUCCCAAUAUUGUUAAAAUUAAACAUUGGAUACAACGACCAUUCUGCAUAAUUAUGGAAUAUUUGGAAAGUGGUUCAUUUUUAGUUUAUCUCACAUCGAAAAAACCAAAUCUCACCAAUGAAAUUCUACUGGGUUUUGCAUUGGACAUUGCCAAGGGCAUGGAUUAUUUGGCCAGCAAAAAUAUAAUACAUCGUGAUUUGGCGGCCCGCAACAUUUUGGUUGACCGAGAUAGUGUGAAAAUUUCCGACUUCGGUUUGGCCCAGCGUGCUGAUUCCGAUGGCUAUUAUGUGGCACACAGUAGUCGUGAAAUACCAAUUAAAUGGUAUUCCCCCGAAGCAAUCAAAAGAGAUGCCAAAUUUUCAUCACAAUCUGAUGUGUGGUCGUAUGGUGUCACACUAUUCGAAAUGUUUUCCAGAGGCGAAUCACCAAAUUUAGAUCCAAAUAUAGAUUUAACACAGGACGAAUUUCUGCUACGUCUGGAAAGAGGCGAUCGCUUAAGGCAACCCAGUUUAUGUCCCAACAAUGUUUACGAACGUCUUAUGAAGCCAUGUUGGCAUGCCAAUCCAAAGAUGCGACCCACUUUUCGCGAUCUCAUUGGUGUUAUACAGUCAAUUAGGAAUGAAAUCAAUAAUACUAUACCAAAGCCCGAUUUUAAUAAUAUCUCUCCACCCACAUCUCCCACAUCAUUAAAUUAAAUUACAACACGUAUAAGUAAAACCAACAAAAAAAAAAGAAAAAACGAAACUCAAGUGCAAGUCUUUUUUUAUUAGAAAAACAAAAAUACAAAUAUUUAGCUAUAAGCAUUAAAUAAGAUAAACUACAAAUUUUUAUUUUUAAUAUGUAUAGUUGUUGUAAGAGAAACAGGAGAAAAAAAAACACAAACAAUAGUAUGCAAUGUCCAUAAAACUCGACUAUUUCAAUCUCGUUGUAAAUGUUUUUAAAAUUAACUUAAUUUUGUUACACAACAAAUCAUUUGCUAUGAUAUUUUUUAUGUAUAUAUAUUUUUUUAUUUAGUUUAUUUUUGCUUUAAAUUUUUAAAUUUAUUUUAAGUGCCUUUUAAAUAAAAUACCACAAAAAAAAACUAAAUACAAUAUGUGUGUAAAAAUAAUUUAGCUUUUAUAUAUCUAUUUUUGUAAUAAAAUGUUAGUAUAAUUUUUAGUAAUAUUUGAAUAUUUUCUAUGUUUAAUAUAUUGUUUUUUGGUUGUUUUACAAAACUAUCAGCUACGUAUGUAUGUUUGCUAUGUAAAUUCUAAAUACUUUCUUUUAGGCUUUGUUUUUUUUUUUUUUUUUUUUGUAAUGCAAAAUAAAUGUUAUCCAUGGCACAGUAAAAAAUUAAAUAAAUGCAAUUGCAACCAUCGAAAUUCAACACAGAUCAUUACAAAAGAAAAGAGUGUCAACUAAAUUCUGCAUCCCACUAGAAAUCACUCUAAUCACACGCAAUGAUAAUACGACGACGAUUAUACCACUCAAAAGAAAAGAAAACUUGAUCAGCCAAUUGAUGUAUGGUCUUGCCUUGUACUUUUUUAUAAUCACAAAUAUUUAAAUACAAUUUAAAUAUAUACAAAACAAAUGUAAAUUAUUUUUAUUAAUGUAUGUUGUAAAAAAAAACAAAACAAAGAAACAGCCAUUUUAAAUUUAGAAUAACUCUACUGUCUAUUUUUUUUUUUCAAAUGUAAUAUAUAAUUAUAAAUGAAAUCAAAUUUCACAAUA